CUUCAAUAGGAUCUGAACAACAAAAACAACAAGCUGAGAAAAAACAGAAGUUUGAUUUUGAACAGUCAAGAGAAUUAAGACAACAAACACUUUAUGAUGGAUUUUUAAAUAACAUCUAUAAAUUAGAUAAAGAUGGCUAUCUAAAUGACACAAGAAAUCCAUGGGCAUUUGCAAAUGCAUAUUAUCGUGCUGCCCAUCGUCAAUGGGAUACAAUACGCAAAGCAGAUGUUAUACAAUUUCUAAAAGAAAAACAACUAAUUGGUAGAAAUAAUUGUACUAGUGGAUGUAGAACGACAAAUCUCGAUGAUAUAAUCCGCUUGAAUGAAUUAAAUUUUGACAAUGUACAUCUGGCAAGUGAAACUGGUGUAUUAAAUAAGUUGAAUUUACAAUGUGUGUCUUUUGAUCAAGUAUCAAUGUCAAAUGCAAUGUUGUCAUUUGCUAGGUUAAAUGGUGCAUCAUUUGAUAGAGCACGAUUAGAUAACGUUAAAUUUAAUGGUUCAUCUUUACUUUGUGCUAGUUUUAAUGGUGUAAAUCUAUCGGGAGCAGAUUUUGGAAACUCUGAUCUGACAGGUGCACACUUUUCAAACAGUGAUAUGACAGGAGCUAAAAUAACAGAAGAUCAAAUAAAACAGGCAUCUUUUCAUAAUGUAACUAUGCCAAACGGAGAGAAGAGUGAAAUUAAACCCUUAACGACAGCAAAACAACCUAUAAUACAAACAACAACAAUAAUAAAAACAAAAAUGUCAACAACAGCAUCAUCAUUCUCAACUACAUCAUCGACAACAACAACAUCAUCAAUAUCAACACCAUCAUCCUCCACAACAACGCCAUCAACAGCCACAUCAUCAUCGUCAUCCACAACAGAAGCAGCAUCUUCAAUAGAAGUAGUAACAUCUGCAUCAACAGAAGCAACAUUAUCAGUAGAAGCAAUAUCGUCAACAGAAGCAACAACAUCAUCAAUCGCAGCUUGGAAUGUUACAUUUCUUAAUCAAACUACUUACUCAGUUGGUCAAGCUCCAACAUCAGUAGCAGUAGCUGAUGUGAACAGCGACAAUCAACCCGAUAUUGUGACUACGAAUAGUGGUUCAAACACUACCAGUGUUCUUCUCAACAGAGGCAAUGGCACCUUUUCUUCUCCAACUAAUUACUCAGUUGGCGCAGCUCCACAAUCAGUAAGAAUAGCCGAUGUGAACAGCGACAAUCAACCUGAUAUUGUUACUGCAAAUAGUGGUUCAAACACUACCAGUGUUCUUCUCAACACAGGCAACGGCACUUUUUCUCCUCAAACUAACUUCCCAGUUGGUUCAUAUCCAUAUGCAGUAGCAGUAGCCGAUGUGAACAAUGACAAUAAACCUGAUAUUGUCACUGCGAAUAGACAAGCAGACACCAUUAGUGUUCUUUUCAACACAGGCAAUGGCACUUUUUCUCCUCAAACUACUUACGCAGUGGAAAAAUUACCAUAUGCAGUAGCAGUAGCCGAUGUGAACAACGACAAUAAACCGGAUAUUGUUACUGCAAAUGCUGGUUCACGCACCGUUAGUGUUCUUCUCAAUACAGGCAACGGCACUUUUUCUCGUCAAACUAAUUACACAGUUGGUGUAUAUCCAUAUGCAGUAGCAGUAACCGAUGUGAACAGCGACAAUAAACCUGAUAUUGUUACUGCAGAUCAAGGUUCACGCACCGUUAGUGUUCUUCUCAAUACAGGCAACGGCACUAUUUCUCGUCUAAUUACUUACGCAAUUAGCUCAAAUCCAGAAUCACUAGCAGUAGCUGAUGUGAACAAUGAUAAUACAUCCGAUAUUGUCACCGCAAAUCGUAGUAGGAGCACCGUCACUAUUCUUCUCAAUACAGGCAACGGCACUUUUUCUCCUCAAACUGACUUCCCAGUUGGUCAAGCUCCAACAUCAGUAGCAGUAGCCGAUGUGAAUAGUGACAAUAAACCCGAUAUUAUCGUCACAAACAAUGGUGCAAACACCGUCAGUGUUCUCCUACAAUGUUAA